GCGGGUCAAUAGAGUCUCUCCUCAAACUUCUGCAGCAAUGGAUCGACAUGCACAAAGUCUUAAGAGUGUGUUGGCUAUAUUCAACAUAUUAUUCUCGUGCUGUGGGCUUUUGUACAUCACAGUAGGGUCCUUUAUGAUCAGUGUGAUCAGGGACUAUGCGAUUACAGAUAAUACCCGGAUUGUACCAAUCACUGUCGUGUUUCUUGGCUUCGCCAUGGUUCUUCUAUCCCUGCAGAGCUGUUAUGGAUUGUAUCGCGAAAAGGUGGGCGUUCUAACCUCGUACUCCGCUAUGAACCUAUUGCUUUUGUUUAUCCAUUUAUAUUUCGUCUGGUAUUUGUGGUUGGAGCUGGGCUCCAAAAUGCACAUGUCCUCAGACUCCUAUCCCAAAUAUCCCGCCUCCUGUUACAAAAUACCCAUCCAUGACGGGGAUCAGGAUCUAAAACAGUGCCGGGAUGCUAUUUUAUAUUCCUGGAAUAUGGGUGCCAACAUUAUCAAGUUUACCAGUGCUAUGGUAAUAGUUUUUGAGUUUGUUACAUUUGCAAUGGGUUGCUAUGUGGCAGAUGCUGCUCGUAUCGCUGAGUCCCAUCGCAGUACAUCGCAGUACAUUCCAAUCGCAUAAGAAAAUCCAUAGGAAUUAUCAAGCAAUAUAUA